UGACACAACUAGCGCGUGCAACAGUGGAGAGACUAUCGGUGUCGCAGAGGGACCAAGCGUCGAACCGACCAGCGGGUCACCGAGCACCGCGAGCCCCCGCCACCGUUGCACCGCUGCACGCGCAGGGGACCCACGGCACCGGAUAAAGCAAACAGAAACAAGGGCUCUUUAUUUCAAUUCGAGCCAAACGGGGUUACGGUGAAUAAACCCGGGCACCGCCACCGACCGGAGAGGAUCCGAGGCAGAACGGCGAGCACUGGGAGAACCGUUUGUUCUUCUUCAUCAUCAUCAUCAUCAACAUCAUCACCAUCAUCAUCAUCAUCAAAGCAUGCCACUGUCUUCCUCGCGCAACACCAUGCCCGGGUGGCGGAGGAACCUGACUUUCUGCCUGCAGCGGAUGCACGAGGACGAUGACGGACCCUACGGGAAGAAUAAAGACCUCACUGGACCCGACCACGUCCUGAGCUCCAGACGACACAGCAUCCCAGAAGCGGUGCGUGGGGUGACCAUGGUGGAGCUGGUGAAGAGGGAGGGCAGCACACUGGGGCUCACAAUCUCAGGAGGGACUGACAAGGAGGGGAAACCCCGGGUAUCCAACCUGCGGCCAGGGGGGCUCGCUGCCAGGAGUGACCAGCUUAAUGUGGGAGACUACAUCAAAUCGGUGAACGGUAUUAACCUGACGAAGCUACGCCACGAAGAGAUCAUUAGCUUACUGAAGAAUGUCGGAGAGAGAGUCCUGCUGGAGGUGGAAUAUGAACUGCCCCCUACAGCCCCAGACAGUUCUACGGGGCUGAUCUCCAAGACGAUAGACAUCUGUUUAAAUAAGGAAGGGAACAGCUUUGGAUUGGUCCUCAGAGGUGGUUCCCAUGAUGACUGGCAUAAGUCCCGUCCCCUUGUGGUGACCUAUGUAAGGCCAGGAGGCCCAGCAGACAGAGAGGGGACCCUGCGUCCUGGGGACCGUCUGCUGAACGUGGACGGGGUCCCGCUCCACACCUCCUCCCACUGUGAGGCCCUCAGCUUCCUGUCCCAGUGCGGUCAUGAGGCGCUCUUCCAGAUAGAGUACGAUGUCGCCAUCAUGGACACUGUGAACAAUGCCUCCGGUCCGCUAUUGGUGGAGAUUGCCAAAUCGCUCGGGGCAACGCUGGGCAUCACUCUGACAUCAGCCACUCACAGAAACAAGCAGGUCAUCAUCAUCGACCGCAUCAAGCCUGCCAGCGUGGUUGACAGGUGCGGGGCGCUCCAUGUGGGGGACCACCUGCUGUCCAUCGAUGGGACGUCAACAGAGCACUGCUCUGUGCUGGAGGCCACCCAGCUGCUGGCCUCCACCUCUGAGCUGGUCAAACUGGAGGUGCUCCCCGCCCACCACUCCCGCCUCGCCGGGAAACACAACGACACUGUGAAGGUCCAAAAGUCGGACCACCCCCACUCCUGGGAUGCCUGUCUGACCUUCGGCCAAACCCCCAACUCCACCCUCUGUAACACAAGCUCCGCCCUCCACAAGUGCUGGACCGCCUCCAACAACAACACCAUCAGCAGCCUGGACUACUGCAAAUCUCUGGUCUCUGCUAGUUUCUCUCCAAGCUCGACCUCCACGUCCGGCCCGAGCAGUCAGAGCUCCAGCACACUGCCCAGGACCACAGUUCCCAUGAGCCCCCGAAACUCGCUGCUGAAACGACGACAGAGGAAGAAGGAGCACAAGAGCUCCUUGUCCCUGGCCUCCAGCUCGGUGGGCCCGGGGGGGCAGGUGGUCCACGUGGAGACGGGGGAGGUGGUCCUGAUGGGGGACCCCCUCAACGGCUUCGGGGUCCAGCUGCAGGGGGGCAUCUUCGCUACGGAAACGCUCUCGGCCCCCCCGCUCAUACGCUUCAUAGAGCCAGACAGCCCCGCGGAGAGGUGUGGCCUCCUACAGGUGGGGGACCGCCUCCUGUCAAUCAAUGGGAUUGCAACAGAGGACGGAACGUUGGAGGAAGCCAAUCAGCUGCUCCGAGACGCGGCACUGACCAAUCGGGUGGCCCUGGAGAUAGAGUUUGACGUGGCAGAGUCUGUGGUGCCUAGCAGCGGUACUUUCCAUGUUAAGCUACCCAAGAAAAGAGGAGUGGAGCUGGGCCUCACAAUAAGUGCCAGUAAGAAGCCAGGAGAGCCCCUCAUCAUCUCUGACAUCAAGAAGGCCAGCAUGGCUCACAGGACGGGUACCCUGGAGCCCGGGGACAAGCUGCUGGCCAUCGACAGCGUGCGGCUGGAGAGCUGCUCCCGGGAGGAGGCGGAGCAUAUCCUGCAGCAGUGCGAGGACCUCGUAAAGCUCAAGAUACGCAAGGACGAGGACAACUCAGAUGAGCAGGAGACGUCGGGCAGCAUCGUGUACACGGUGGAGCUGAAGCGGUAUGGAGGGCCUCUGGGCAUCACCAUCUCAGGCACCGAGGAGCCCUUUGACCCCAUCACCAUCUCUGGUCUGACCAGGAGGGGCCUGGCCGAGAGGACGGGGGCUAUCCAUGUGGGAGAUCGUAUCCUGGCCAUCAACAGUGUGAGUCUGAAGGGGAAGCCGCUGAGCGAGGCCAUCCACCUGCUGCAGAUGGCCGGGGAGACGGUCACCUUGAAGAUCAAGAAACAGCUGGACAACGGAGAGGAGAGGAAGGGGGAGGAGGGGGAGGAGGGGGAAGAGUCCAUGGAGAACGACCUCAGUGACCCUGAGGACGAUUUGACAGACAGCCAGCAGACCAAUCAGCUGUCAGAGCUCUACUCCACCACCAUCCCCAGUGUGGACUCCGCCCUGGAGUCCUGGGACGGCUCCGGGCUGGACGCCGGCUACGGCAGCCAGGGUACAUACAGCCAGCAGGCGGCAGGUCUUGCUCUGCACCCUCAUGAGUGGCGCUGCGCCAGACAGCCCGGCAGCCCGCCCCCUGCUGGCCGCAGGAAGAACUACCCCUUCAGCGACGGAGGAUUCAGCGAGGACGAUUGGGACAAGGGACCAGGCUACAACAGCCAGCAGCCAGACGGCGUUCUUCUGGACCCAGAGGACAGUUUCUGGUGUCAGGCUCUGGAGGACCUGGAGACCUGCGGCCAAUCAGAACUCCUCCGAGAGAUAGAGGCGUCCAUCAUGACUGGCUCGGCCAUCAGUCUGGGUGUGGACGGAGUCCCAAAAGCCGGCCAAGACCCCCUACUGAGCCUCGGCCGAAUCAGCCCCCUGAGCAGGAACUCCCUGCUGCAUCAGGGAGCUCACCUCCACGAGGAGGCCCACCUCCACCAUGAGCACCAGCUGCACCAGGAGGCCCUGCUACACAAAGAACUCUUCCUUCUAGAGGCACAGCUGCACCAGGAGGCCCACCUGCGCCAGGAGGCCAAUCUGCGCCAGGAGGCCCAUCUGCACCAAGAGGCCCACCUGCACCAGGGGCACCACCUGCUCCAGGAGGCCCACCUGCACCAAGAUGCCCGUUCCCCUCACCUGCACCAGGAUUCCAAAUCCAAGGCCUCCCUCAGGGUGUCAGAGAGGACGUGGGAGUCACGCCGGAUUAAAGAGGAGAUGCAGGAGAUCCUUUCUCCAAACCCCCUGGAGCUACACAAGGUGACGGUGAUGAAGGACCCGGAGAGCGAUGACUUUGGCUUCAGCGUGUCUGACGGCUUCCUGGAGAAGGGGGUUUACGUCAACAUGAUCCGGAACGACGGGCCCGCAGACCGCUCCGGUCUCAGGCCCUACGACCGGAUCCUACAGGUGAACCACGUGCGGACCAGGGACUUUGACUGCUGCCUGGCCGUGCCCCUCAUCACCGAGGCUGGAGACCGUCUGGAGCUGGUGGUCAGCCGGAACCCCCUGGAGGACAAUAAUAACACCAUGGACCACCAGCUAGACCUGUAGCGUGAACACACACACACGCACACACACACGCACACGCACACACACGCACGCACACACACACACACACACACACACACACACACACACACACACACACACACACACACACACACACACACACACACACACCUAGCUCAAUUCACAACGCACAAUCCUGUUGUGUUACCGAGCAUCCCACCAAUGUGCCACAUUUCAAUACAAAUUCCCUGACACGGCACAAAUCACAUAGUGAACAUAAUGCAGUCAAUGCAAAAAGAAAACUGAUCAAUUUCAAAUAGGAAGGCACAUUCACCGAUGCUAAGAGAUCUACAGCACAUUGAGGUCUUCUCUCUGGUCCACCAGAUCUGUGAAUUUUUCUCCAGCAGAGUGCAACAAUCUCUGUGAUGUUUCAGCCAACUGCCUUACUUUCGAACAUGGUCACCUAAUUUCAACAGGACUCCCUGUGACUACGGUUGGCUGAUUUUAGUUGGACUUAUUCGAGGAGACGUUAAGAACUUCGAGGCUCAAAGCACUUUGUGACGGACAUGUCCAAGGCAACUGUCCAGGUCGAAGAUGUAGCAAGGAAUUUGAUCUGUUUUUGCUGCUGCGCCUUGGACCGCUUCCCCAGAAGAAUCCAUGUGAAAAAAAAAAAACUAACCUCACUCUUCUCUUCCAGCCUUGUAUUUUUCUUACAAGGAGUCAUCCGACCACUAGCUCUAGAACUUUCUCUGUCGUAGUAAUGCACGAAAUCCCUGGUUUGUGAAGUCUUCGUCUCAGAUGACGUUUUUGUUGCCGUUUGUCUUCACGCAGACACUGUCUAGAACCCAGAACAGAUGUUUUACUUUUUUUGUUCUUCGGUGACCGAUCAGUGCCCAGGAUUUGAAACAUCUUCUCAGAGCGUACGACAUUGAGGCUCAUGCCUGCGCUACAAAGACAAAAGAACGCUGAUGUUUGAGUUUCAACUGUUACCGCAAACUGAACUAUUUCUGUAAAAGCAUAGAAGGGACUAUCCAAUUGCUAUCCUCAAUGUUUUUGUAAAUCAAACCAGAAUUCAUUUCAUUUUUUGAGUUCUCUGUGAUGCAGGUUGAGCAUGGAGUCACAAUCAGGUAAUUAUAACUGGUUAUAAUAGGUUCUGACUGGUUCUAAUUUUGGACCAAUCAGAACCACUGGUUGUAAUAGCAUGUAUUUCUUCAGAGGUGUCCAGUGUUGAGUUGGUGUAAAUGUCACCAUGGAGGUCCCAACAACAUCCCUACAAGGUGCUGUCCCCAUGAGUAUAGGAGACCAGAGACACAGUCAUUACCACACUUAUUUUACAGGCACACACACACACACACACACACACACACACACACACACACACACACACACACACACACACACACACACACACACACAC